AUGUCCCCUGAUUGUCAUCAAAUCAUUAAUGCAAGGACAAGGUCUAGAGAUACACCUCUGCAGUUUGCUGCCCGUGGAAAUUAUAAAGAUAUAGUUGAACUUCUAAUUUCGCAUGGAGCAGAUGUUGAUGCAAGAGAUAAUUCAAAUUGUACAGCACUUCAUGAUGCAAUGGCCAAUAAUAAUAGAGAAAUUGCCAAAUACCUUAUUUUACAUGGCACCGAUGUCAAUCUAAUCGAUUAUAAUUUCAAAACUCCCCUAUUCUAUGCUAUUCAAAAUAAUGAUAAUGAAAUUGCUGAACAGCUUAUUUCUCACGGUGCAGAUAUUAAGUCAGUUGAAAAAUUUAAGAAAAAAUGUGCAAUUCAUUUUGCCGCUGAGGUAAACAAUAAAUUUAUUGUAGAACUUCUGAUUUCUCAUGGUGCAAAUAUCAAUGAAGAAGGUGAUGAAAAAGAAACACCUCUUCAUUAUGCUGUCAAAACAAAAAGUAAAGAAACAGUGCAAUUUCUGAUUUCACAUGGGGCAGACAUUAAUGCAAAAAAUUUCCAAAAUAAAACAGCUCUUCAUUUUGCUGCAAAGAAUAAUGAUUUAGAAUCAGUAAAACUUCUGAUUUCCAAUGGUGCCGAGAUCAAUGCAAAAGAUUCUCAAGAUAGAACAGCCCUUCAUUAUGCAGCAAAGAAUAAUAAUAAAGAAAUAGUUGAAUUCCUUAUUUCUCAUAGUGCAGAUAUCAAUGCGCAUGAUAAAUUUAAAAAGAGAACUGCUCUUCAUUUUGCCGUUAAAAAUAACAACGAGGAGCUCACAGAAUUUCUUAUCUCGCAUGGAGCAGAUAUCACUGCGAAAAAUGAUAAUGAUGAAACUCUUGUGCAUAUCGCUGCAAUAAAUAAUAGUACGAAAUCGCUAACAAUACUAAUUGCGCAUGGUGCAGAUUUGAAUGCAAAAUAUCUUUCCAAGAAAACCGCCCUUCAUAUUGCCGCAAGAAAUAAUUUUACAGAAAUAGCAAAACUUCUUAUUUUACACUCCGCAGAUGUCCAUGCAAAAGAUCUUUCUGAGAAAACCGCCCUUGAAAUUGCAAGAGAAUUUUGCUGUGAAAAUAUUAUCAAUCUACUCAACUCAUAUGGGGUUUCUUCAUAA